AUGGGCAAGAAAACCAACUGGACGACGACUGAAGAUCAGACAUUGUGUCGUGUAUGGUUAAAUGCCAGUGAUUUACAGCUACAUGGUGUUGAACAGAAGGCAUCAAACUUUUGGAAUGUGGUAAUGGAAUUGUUUCACCAGGAGAUGGAGUCUCCAGUAGAGCGGCCACUCAAUGGACUCAAAGUGCGCUGGACGCGCAUUAAUCGUGACUCACAAAAGUUUGCGUCGAUCUUUAAUGAACUUCAGAAUAAACGGAUCAAAGAAGUAGAGGAGAACGGAGGAGAAUCCUCUGAAGCAGUGGAACUACUGACGGAGCAGCCAUGGAUUGAUGACGCCAAAGUCAUGUUCCAUCGGAUCUACAACGCCAAGUUCUCGUUCGAAGCGUGUUGGAAACAGUUGCGAUACUCUGCCAAAUGGGUGCAGCUCUUUGCCAACUCAAGCAAUUAUCCGGUGAUGGCAAUCAACACUUUACCAUCAACACCCACGGCAACGAUGGGCGAGGAACCGACCCAUACAGAGGCGUCGUCUGAUACCAGUAGUGAAACAGAGAUUUCGACGACAGCAAACCCCCCAACGACAUCUCCUGAGCCUAGUGUGAAGACUACGGCAUCUCUUCCUAUUGAGGAGACAGCGACGUCUUCUAUCGAUGUGGUGGAUGUUGCUCCUCAAGAGUCUGACGAGACGACGUUUAACGUCCCUCCUAACCACAAAAGGCGUGCAGAUGUGUCUCUCGAAUCGUACGCACAGCUCUCGAACCAAAACGAGUUGCAAGGACUCACCGCCGCGUUGAUUGAAGAGCUCAAGCGACAGAAUGAAUUGAUGGAAGAUCAGAACACGAUUUCACUGCUCAAAAUCAAUGGUGAGAUGAUCUUGGAUGCAGAUACACGACAAUGUUACCGACUACUACGAGCUCGUUAUCUGGAGAAAGCACGCAAUAAUAGUAGUAGAACAAGUACGAUAGUAUAA